CACAAUGCGCAGUAAAAAUUACGGCACGCAGAUUUAAUUUUGUAUUCAAAAACAACCAUAUGCAAAUUAUAUACGAAACCGGAGCAACUCUUUAAAAACGCUUUCAAAAAACAUCUUUGCUUUUGGAGACGUUUUACUAUUGAUUUUUAGCAUAACAAUUAAUAAUUUAAUGCCUUUAACCAAAAAGAGACCCCAAACCAGAUAGACUGAUCGUUGUACAAGCGCUCUAAUUCCUAAAAAUUAACGUUAAAUUAGUUUCUUAAAACUAUUGAUCACAAAAAGCGACCUUCGUUUUCAAAUAUUGGCCCUUAUUGUUCUUUAUUAUUUGAACUUUCAUAAUUUUUUAAAAGAAAUUUGCAAAAGUUGAAGCAAUAAGAGUUGAAUUUUCUCAAAGAAACCAAAAAAUGACCCAACCAGACUUCAUGGUAGCCAAACCGACCGAAGCGCGGGCAAAAUACUCGCUCAUAGGCACAACACUGGACCCCACUCUCAAGGACGAAGAUUGGAUCAAAACAGAGUACGAGAGAGAUGUGAAAAAACCGAAGGCCACUUUGCACGAUUGUUACCACGAUCCCUUUCUCAGAAUGACUGCUUACAGGCUGGAAGAUACCCUACAGAAGUACAACCAAGCAGAUAGAUCUAUCAGAGACAGAGAAAAGGAGGCUCUUUUCUUCUCAAACCAACAAAUUGAGCGUCUUCCGGGUAGCGAGAGACGGAGUCGCAUGUUGCCAGUGAACUACAACAGAUCAGAGAUGAACGACAAGUACAAUCAGUACAACAGACUGCCCACUGGAGAUGUGUAUGAGAUGAACAGGGUGGGUUUGAAGCCAGUGCAGGCAGACAGACUACCCACUGGCAACUACAACUACGCAAAGUACAGACCCAGAGAGGCUAAAUAUCCGUUUGCCGAGAAUGGCCUGAUAGUGGAGAAGCCGAAAGAAAGGAGAGAUGAGUCGACUGAGAGGAGCAUGUCUAGAUUCCCAAAUGUGAGGGAACAUAUCAUGAGGAACUUUACUGUCUACGAUCCAAAGUUUUACAACCUGGAGCGACAAAGAGAACCUUCGAACAGACGCGAGAAGCGUCUAGACAGACGAGGAUAA